AUGGAGGCAAGGAGGAGAAGAGCAGAGGCGCUGAGGGCAGAGGGUGAGAGGCUCCAGGCAGAGGCAGCAGCAGCAGCCGAGGUAGCAGUAGGAGCAGAAGCAGCAGCAGAAGCAGCAGCAGAGGCAGCACCAGCAGAGGCAGAAGGAGUAGCCGCAGCAGAAGCAAUAGCAGAAGAAGAAGCCGCAGCAGAGGGAGCAGCAGUCGUAGUAGAAGCAGCAGUUCCAGCAGCGGUAGCAGCCUCAGCAGCAGUAACAGCAGCAGCAGAGAUGAGCGAAGCAGCGGAGAUGGCCGGUGCUCCACGAUGGGCGUACUAUCUACUAAACAAAGUACAGGCAAUCGAGCGCUUGGCAACAUCAGCGUGA